UACGAGUAUGUGGAUAAGCGAUGGGUGUUAUCGGACCGAUCGUAGGCGUAGUUCCGUAGGGCUUUCGACUCUAGUGUUUCGGCUGUCUGUCUGCCGCGUGGCGCGGUCGCGGUCGUCGACUCGCUGCACUUGCACCGGGUCCUCGGCGCUCGGCGCUCGGCGCUCGGCCACGCGCUCGGUCAGUGCGCGCCAACACACCGCCGUCGGCACACCGCGGCGCCGCGCCGCGAAACAAUACUUUUUUAAUACUUGAGUGGUCGGUUUUUGAGUUUGAAUUUAGACUUUGGUGUUGUUUGGUUGCACUUGUUGCACGGGCACGCGAGGCAGUGUCGCGGGCGUAGCGCGGAGCCGCACGCGCCGGCAUGCCACGCUAGGAGCAUGCGGCUGCUGCUGCCGCUGCUCGUGCUGCCGCUCGUGCUCGCGCGCCCUGCAGCAGCCGGGAUCUGCUGGUCGGGAAUGGAGCGCGACGGGCGUUGCAGCUCGGUGGCGGCGCUUCGCGUGGGCCGCGCCGAGUGCUGCGCGGGCGGCGCGCACGCCCCCGCCGCCUGGAGUCCGCGCGACCUAGACAGCGGCGAGAUAUUCUUCUACAAGGCGCUGUCGGGCGGUGUGCCCUGCACCGCCUGCGCCGAAUCAUGCGCAGGCGUGUCAUGCGGGGCGGGACGUCGCUGCGUGGUGCGCGGCGGGCGUGCGCGCUGCGUGUGCGCCGCGGCCUGCCGGCGCGCCGGCGCGGUCUGCGGCAGCGACGGCAAGACGUACCGCUCACUGUGUCGGCUGAGACGUAGAGCAUGCCGCCGCCCGGCCAAGCAUCUGUCGCUUGACUACCCGGGACCUUGUCGAGUGGGUAGCUGCGACGGCGUCCGCUGCGGCGGCGACAAGCGCUGCGUGCUGGACGCCGAGCUCGGCGCGCAUUGCGUGCGCUGCGGCGCGUGCAGCGUGGCCGGCGCGCCCGUGUGCGCAGUCGACGGGCGCACCUACGCCGGCGCGUGUGCGUUGCGGCGCGCGGCGUGCGAGCGCGGGAAGGCGCUGCCGCUGGCUUAUAAGGGCUCUUGCAAAGGUAAAAUUGUAGCGAAUGCAACCUGCGCAACAAUAUCGUGCAACGCCGGUCAACGAUGCGUCGCAGGCGGCGCGAGUGGCGCGCGGUGCGUGUCGUGCGGUUCGUGCGGCGGCGGCCUACGGCGAGAGCUGUGCGGGACAGACUCCCGGACUUACCCUUCGUGGUGCCGUCUCCAGAGGGCGGCCUGCCACGCCGGGCAGGUCGUCGAUCCGUUGCAUCCUGGGCCUUGCAAAGGGAGCAAAAACAUAACGGACAAUAGAGUAACUGAUGAGCGAAGCGGAGGCGUCGGCAAGCGCGUGCUAUAGUCACAUUUUCUGUACCUUGCUGCUUCGGUUUAGAUAACCUACGUUUUGUGUUAAUGUCUCUAAGUUUAUAGUCGAAGCCCAAGAAACGAACUUGGACGACGGCAUUUUACUGAAUAGGGCUUUCUUGACAAGUAAAGGGACACCUUAGAACCAUGAUCAAGUAGUGAGAUAUCUGGAAAAGUUAUUUUGAUAUAGUUCCACCAGACUCCAUUUCGUUCCGAAUUGUUGAAAUGAGGCACAUACCGUGUCAAUGAGAGGAGCUUCGUUACUGGCUAUCAACAAUAUGGACAUUAACAUUAGAAUGUAGGCAUUUAAUACAAAUUUUAGUUGUGUUUUGAACUGAUGUCUAUCCACCUAGUGGUCCGUUUGAUUACUAGAUUCCAAUGAGAUAAGCAUGCUAUGAUCAUGAAGGACGCAACUUACUGUUUGGUCCAUAGGACGAGUCAAUUUAUUUAGUAUUAACAAAAUUCAAAAAACGUAGAUACUUGUAGCAUUAGAUAUAGAUAAUUUUUAUCGAACGAUACAUAUUUCGAACUAUGUAGUUAAAUAACUCUAUAGUUUUAAUUAACACUUACAUAAUUAAAUUUGAGCACCAAAUCGUACUUAAUAUUUAGUCAGAAAUAUACUUAGAAGUGUAGUUAGCACAACAUUUGGAAUCUUAUUGUACUAGUAGAAACUCUCUAGUAAAAUUGGAAUUUUCUUCGUCGAUACGACGUAGCCGCUAGGGUAACUUAAAUAAUACUUUCAUCGGACUGACAAUUGUUCUUUAAAUUUUAUUAACUAAGACUUGAUAUUUUUACUUGACGAGAAAGUGGUUUUGACGUUUAUGCAAUAUUUAUUAUUAAGUUAUGAAAUAUUAAGUUUUAGUGCAAUAAUUUUAUUAAUUGGAAAUGGUAUGAUAUUCAUGUGUGUAAAUUUUUGUUUUUUAGAAAUGAGUCAAACUGUCGUGUCUACGGUCAAAAUGCAAUUUGGGCAUGUUUAGAGUGUUAAAUCGUUUUCAGUAUUAUAUGUAUUUAAGAUUAUUAGAAUAUUCUUAUUUUCGAAACAAUUUUUAGAUUGGAUGUUAGGUGAUUUUAAUAGACUGUAGAUAAGAAGUAAUUUAUUGUUACUUUUAAAUUAUUUCUAAAAGUUUCCAGCACGUUUUAUCUCGUUAGAGUAUUCGUAUUUCUCGGCGGAGUCAAAGCGAUGUGUGAUGUCAGUUUCAGUAGAUUGACUCUCUUGGCGUCCUGCUUAGCUUUAAUAAGUAACUCGAGUUCUAAAAGCGGGAGGCGCACUAGUCCACAUUCUUUCCCCUGCUUGAUUGCGCCACUAUUUUUAGUUAUAAUCCUGUAGUUAACUUGAAUUAUCUAAUUUUAACGCGCAUAUUCGACCUACUAAAUGUUGUGUAAUUUGUUUGCAAGUGCCUAGACAAGCCAAGAUUGAGAUACUACACAUUAUAUACUAGAUAGUGUAAUUUGACAUUUGUCACUUGUAUCGAUGGUGUAGUGUGUAAGCUUUUAGUAGAUUUUUAUUAGUAAGGCACGAUCUUGUACUAUGCUGAAGAACCUCUUGGAUGCUAUAAUAAUUAACCUUCAGAUAAGGUUCUUUAUAACAACUAUGGUGUUUCAAAUUCGUGUCAUACUUUGUGCGGGCAAUUGAUGGUACCUACUUAGACUUAGAAUGUGGACGUAACUAAUACAUAUGUAAUAUAUGACUUAGCUCUUGUCAAUUAUUUCCUAGUGCUAAACAAGUUGUUAACUGCACCUGAUAUAAAAAUACUUACUUGUUGUAGUUACUUAUUGCGAACUUAGAUGAUGUAUAAUAUAUUUGUCCUUGUUGAUUACUUUUCUUGGUCUUCAUAAAUAUUUUACAUGGAG